GGCUAGUGCUCGAAGGUUCAGCAUGGCUAACAAAACAUAUUGGCUGUGUUGUUUGUUACUUCUUGGGAUCGCUUUUGCUCAAGAGGAAGAGGGAGGCGAUGAAGCCACAGCAGAUGAGCUCUGCGAAAACAGACCAGCAGACGAAUAUUUCAGAUUGACCACGGAAGGCGACUGCAGGGAUGUAGUAAGGUGCGACAAAAAUAGUGACAACAACGGCGCCACAAGACUGGCGUCUGUUCGGUGUCCAGUUGGUCUAGCCUUUGACAUUGAACGUCAGACUUGCGAUUGGAAAACAAAAGUGAACAACUGUGAUGUUAUAGAAAAGCCCCGCAAGGUCUUGCCCAAUUUUAAAACGGACGAGCCCAUCUGCCCUGAAGGGAAACUGUCUUGUGGCAAUGGUGAAUGUAUCGACAAGGAAUUGUUCUGUAACGGUAAACCCGAUUGCAAGGACGAAUCUGACGAAAAUUCUUGCACUGUGGAAACCGAUCCAAAUCGGGCGCCUGAUUGCGACCCCACCCAGUGCGUUCUCCCUGACUGCUUCUGUUCCGCCGACGGUACCAGGAUCCCCGGCCAACUGGAGCCCGCCAACGUGCCCCAGAUGAUCACCUUAACCUUCAACGGCGCCGUCAAUGUCGACAACAUCGACUUGUACGAGGAGAUCUUCAACGGAAACCGCGCCAACCCCAACGGCUGCCAGAUCAGGGGGACCUUCUUCGUCUCGCACAAAUACACGAACUACUCCGCCGUCCAAGACCUGCACCGACGCGGCCACGAAAUCGCCGUGUUUUCGCUGACGCACAAAGAGGACCCCAACUACUGGAGCCAAGGGUCUUACGACGACUGGCUUGCCGAGAUGGCCGGAGCGCGUCUGAUCGUUGAGCGCUUCGCCAACAUCACGGACGGUUCCAUCAUCGGCGUCCGAGCCCCGUACCUUCGCGUCGGAGGCAACAAACAGUUCGAAAUGAUGGCCGACCAGUUCUUCGUCUACGACGCCUCCAUCACGGCGUCCUUGGGCCGCGUGCCCAUCUGGCCCUACACCCUCUACUUCCGGAUGCCGCACAAGUGCAACGGAAACGCGCACAACUGCCCCAGCCGAAGCCACCCGGUCUGGGAAAUCGUCAUGAACGAGCUGGACAGACGUGAUGACCCCACUUUUGACGAAUCUUUGCCUGGUUGUCACAUGGUCGACUCCUGCUCGAAUAUUCAAACAGGCGAGCAGUUUGCUCGUCUCCUCAGACACAACUUCAACCGCCACUUGAACAGCAACCGCGCGCCUCUCGGGCUCCACUUCCACGCCUCCUGGCUGAAGAGCAAGAAAGAAUUCAAGGAAGAGCUUAUUAAAUUCAUCGAAGAGAUGUUGCAGCGUAAUGAUGUCUAUUUUGUGACCAACCUCCAGGUCAUCCAAUGGAUGCAGAAUCCAACUGAGCUGAACGGCUUGCGUGACUUCCAAGAAUGGAAGGAGAAAUGCGAUAUUAAAGGCCAGCCUUACUGUUCCCUGCCUAAUUCGUGCGCGCUGACUACGAGGGAGCUUCCAGGAGAGACGCUCCGUCUGUUCACCUGCAUGGAAUGCCCCAAUAAUUACCCCUGGAUUUUGGAUCCCACAGGAGACGGCUUCUCCGUUAGGAAAUAAUUUAUUUUAUUUUUAUGUCUUAAGUUUGAUUUUUUUAAUUUAAAAGACUUUGUAUAUAGCUAUCUAUAAUCAAUUUCCUAUUGCAACUUUUGAUAACUGAAUCAACAAAUAUAGUUAAUAACUUGCCACGAGCUGUUAUACACAAUAAGACUACAGAUGUGUUAUGUAAUGAAAUUUUGUUAAGAAAUAAAAGACACAAAA